AUGACUACCGUCAAACCCCCAAUAAAACAGCAUUCUCAGCAAUCAAACGCGACUAGUCUGCAAACUGCUACUCUACAAGCUAAAAGGGGUGGACGUAUCUCCCCUUGCAUGAUACCCAUAUUUGCACAAUCGCCUGGACUUUGCUUGCAUAGUAGUGUUGGAAAACUGCCCUUGAAUUGGAAAGAUUAUUUGAGAAAUGAUGAAAAUAAGACAGAGCUUUUUGCCUUCCUUCCGGUGGAGCUCUUGUCCCUUCUGCAAGACAUUCGUAUUGUUUCCAAUGUGGGUUCAGAAAUUAAGUCUUCUGUUUCCUUGGGCUCUCUUCUCCGUGACAUCUCUCUUGAAGGCUUGGAGGAGGCCGAUGGAAGAAUUAUUCUCCAUUCAAUGGACAUUGCGUGUGGUAGUGCUCGACGAAUUGUUAUCCGCAGUAGUGACACGGACGUACUUGUGCUGGCGGUUUCCUUUUUUCAUAAACUUCAAAAAAAAGGAUUAAAGGAACUGUGGGUCUUAUUUGGAGUGGGCAAGGAUCGUCGCUACUUGGCUGCACACGAUGUAGCAUCUACCCUAGGAGAGAAAAAGGCUACGGCUCUCCGCUUCUUUCACUGUCUGACUAGGUGUGACCCUGUCAGCUAUUUUGCAUCACGUGGGAAGCGAACUGCCUUCUCUGCCUGGCUAACAGAUGAAGAGACGGGCGCCUUCUAUAAGCUGAGCCACCCGUCUGAUCUUCCAUUGCCCGAUGAUUUAAUAAGUGCCGUCGAAAAGUUCAUCGUUAGAAUGUACGGUGUUAAAGACGAGGAAAUUACGUCAGUGGUCGGUGCCCGUCAGUACAUGUUUGCCACGUUAAGCCGUUCAGUUCAAGCUAUCCCUCCUACUAAAGGCACCUUAGUGAAGCACAUCCUGCGCGCUGCUUACCAGGCUGGACAGGUCUGGGGAAGGGCGGCCGACGGUACCAAAACUUCCUCUCCGGAUCCGUGGGGCUGGUUUCUACAGGACGACAAGUGGGUCCCGGUAUGGACCGACGACCCAGUUAUUUGGGCAGAGUGCACGGCGCUGGACCGGUAUGAUUGCAAAACCAACUGCGGCACCCAGAGGUGCUAA